AUGGACGAAUCAUCUACAAGGCUGGAGGAGGGUGGUCGCGAUGUCGACAGGGCGCUGGUAAGGCGCUGGCAAGGCGCUAACGAGAGACUAACAGGGUCUUCGUGGGCCGUCAAGCCGUCUAACUACCGCCUGCUGCGACGAGCUUUCCCCGCCACUCUGCGUCAGAGAUACAACGACCGCCUCGUGCGCUUCCGACUCGAUACCCUGCCGGCCGUCAAGCACGGGCUACAAUCGCGCGUCUACCGAUAUAUACUCAGACGCCAGUCACGACGUAUCGAAAGAGGGCGGAUCGCAGGUCUGCUCGCCCAACGCAACCAGCUGCAGGCGCCCUACCCCAGUUCCGCCGCUGCCCCUCAGCAUUCCAAGCGUACAGCCACGCCCAGCGAUGAGAGUACUCGGGGACGAAAGAUAAUAAGGCAGAACAAGAUGCCCGCUUUUGGAUACCAGACGGGCGCCAUGCCCGGCCUGGGAAGCGACGACCCGCAACCCGGCCAGGGUGAAAGAGGCUAUCGACGGAGGAAGCUGGCAGAAAUGGCUGGAAGUAUAUACCGUACAGGCCAACAGGCCGUUACCGAUAUGCGAGAAUCAUAUGUUCAAACACGAGCCAGAAUGGCUGACACAGAGACGGAUGGUCGCGGCCACAUUCACAUCCCCGGUGCGUUCCCCGACGCCGCCAUCACCGUGCAGGGGGAUGAGCACCUGGUACUGUUCCCUUCCUAUGCGAAACGGCAUUCCAAGCGCGAUUGGUCCAGAUUCCAGGCUCAGAGCCAAGUACAAGAACAAGAGGGCCCUCGCGACGAGGACUAUUGGCGACAAGAGUUUGAAAAACACGAAGAUGAGCGCGCAAUCGCCGAUGUUGAUGUCAGAGGCUGGAUAUACAACCCGCAAAUCGGUCCUAUAAGCAGGCGGAACCGCAUCCUCAUUGGCCUCGCGCGUCAACUCAGUGGCAUCUCUGCCCCUCGCGCUGAAGCUAAUAGCACGGAUAGCACGGAUCCCGGGACUGACACACCGCCAACCCAUCACCAAGUACACGAAGAGCAGAGGGAGCAAGAAAAGAUUGAACAAGAGGCUGCCAAAAUCGAACGAAAAGGCCGCCAGGAGAAGCAAGCUGCCGCGGCUGGUAGCUAUACUGAAGAGCCCUAUGGUCCCAGCGCUGGUGCUUCCGAGUCAUUUUAUUCGCGACGCUCUCGUCGCCGAGGUAGCCAAACGCCCGAGUCCGCACCAGCAAGCCCGCUCUUCGGUCCAAGACAAUCCAAUGUGAACGAGCUCUCGGAGGCUGAGCUCGCCCUAGCCAAUGCCAACCUCAUGGCUCGCAUCGCUCCCUUUAUGACCAAUCCCCUCAUCGCCUUGCCCGUUACAAUUUUCUUUUACAACGAUUCUCAGUCCCAAUCGCGGACUGUUCUCACCGACGAUGCUGGCCACUUUAACAUCCGCGCAGCGCUAGACUUUGUCCCUACCCAUGUCAGAGUCCUCGGAAACGAAGACUUGUCCGCCACUCAAGAAGUCAAAAUCACCGAGCCAAAAGGCGUGAGUCUCAUCAGUGACAUUGACGACACGGUCAAAAAGUCCAACAUCGCUAGCGGUGCGCGCGAGAUCUUUCGCAAUACCUUUAUCCGCGAGCUUCGCGAUUUGACCGUGGAAGGUGUGCAAGAAUGGUACACGGACAUGCACAAGCAGGGCGUCAUGUUUCACUACUGCUCGAAUAGCCCUUGGCAGCUGUUCCCAGUUCUAGCAAGCUUCUUUAAGCUUGGCGGUCUGCCACCAGGCUCUCUUCAUCUCAAGCAGUACUCUGGUAUGUUGCAGGGCAUCUUUGAGCCGGUUGCCGAACGCAAGAAAGCCAUUGCCAAUCCAGGCCGCAUCCUUGCCAUCUUCAUUCGUGAUGUCACCACAACUGAGCGUCCUGGCUACUUUGACUCGGCGUACGACCUCACCAGAAAGAGGUUCGGUAGCCUUGCCGUGGACGAUGGUAGACCAGCGGUCGAUGUCAACUAUAAGCCUCGUCAAAGCUCCGCACCAGUGGUCUCUCCGAUAGAGGAAAAGUCCCCUGCGGGCCCUGCUAUGGGCACGUUGAUUGACUUCUCCGUGGAGCCCGAGCAGGCGAAGCUUGAUGACGCUGCGGCUCUAGCGCAAGUGCGCAAUAAGAAACCAGUAUCGGCAGCGGACUUGCUAGGUCGCAAGGCGCCGCCGCCGCGACCUGCCAAGCCAGCAGCGCUGCGAGGCGCCUCGUCGGCCACCAGCAGUAAAGAUGCUGGCGUCGGCAUCAGGGGUGCCAGCGGCAAUGCCAGCGAUAUCCCCCCUCCCAAACCCCCACGCAUUAAAACCACAGAACCAUCGUUCACCGCCCCCAAUCUCUCCAGACGGUCUUCGUCCAAGGCUACGAGCGAGAUCGGGGACGGAACAGCGCCUGCCUCGCCAGACAUGGCACCACCGCUUCCACGACGUCGCGGCCCUCCGAGUCUACGCAACCUGAGCCCACGUUUAUUCGGUCAUAACCGUGGCGUCUCCUUUAACUCGGACGUCGACUUUGACCCGUUGCCGCCGGCCGCUAACCCGCCGCCGGCGGGACUCUCAUACUAUCGGUCGGGCUCACGCUCCGGCGUCGCGACACCGUCUGGCUCACCGACCAUUGGCGCGCAGGGCGUCAACAAGAAAGUGGACUUGUGGCGACGGCGCGUGGCGCGAGCGCACGAGCAGCUCGAGCAGCUCGGGGUGACGCUGUAUACAUGGCGAAAGGGCCAGGACGUGUCGGCCGAGGCCGCGGCGAUUAUAAAACGUGCAUUUGACGAUAUGCAUAAAUAG